UUCUGCUUUAAUUUCUCUGUGCGUCCUGUGCUUUUUGAGGGAUUGAAGGGAAAAUUCGAACGGGUUUGAUUUAGAAUUCUGCGAAUGGUCUCUGUCACUGUUUUCUCUUUCCCUGUUUCACUUCCUUGGAUUCGGUAGUGGUGCUUCUGUGAAGAAAAAGUUGCUUGCUUUAUUGGAAUCUGUUCAUAUUUGGCUUAACUGUUUGUGGAUUGCUUGCUUUUUUUAAGUUUGGUGUCUGGGUUUGUGAGUGGUUCAUCUGAGAGCUCUCAUUUCUGGGGUUUUAGGCUUCUGGAUUUUGAGAAUUUGCCUGUGUUCACUUCAAGCUUGGACUAGGGUUUUGGAUUUUGGGUUGGUGCUGGUUUCUGGGUUUUGCCUUCUUUAGGUUUAGUUUCUGGGGUUUGGAGCUGUUCGUGUUUUUGAGGUUGUUGGUUCUGGGUCUUGUACAAUUUGUGUGUUUUUCAGCUCAUGCUAGGUUUUGGGUUUUGGGGGUUUGGUUGUCGGUAUUCGGUUUUGCGUGCUUGUUAAGUUUGGGGUCUGGGUUUUGAAGCAGCUCCACUGAAAGGUUCAUUUUCCUGGUCCUGUGGUCUCUGGAUUUUGAGAAUUUAGCCUUGUUUCAGCCAGUCUAGGUUCUAGAUUUGUGGGCUAGUUUUAGUUACCUGAAUUUUACCUUUAAGAGUCACAAGCAAUCAACAACUUAACUUGAGUUUGCGGAUCUGGGUGCGGAUUUCUAUGAGAGUAGGAGCUUCUGAGUUCUAUGUUAGUGUUUUGAAUUGGGGACUGGUUCUUUGGUCUUGGGGUUUUGUGUUCCCAGCAUUCUGGCAGCUUACAGUUUGGUUUCAACUCUGAGUUCCUAAGGAUUUUCCAGGUUGCUUUUACUGAUUGAUAUCAUGGAUUCCCCACAAUCUGUUGUGUCACCAUUCAAAAGCUCCCCUGUCUCCAUUGAGCCAGAGAAGCAGAAAUCCGAACUUUUUGUCCGAAACCCUGGUUGCUUGUCUGGGGGAAUCGAAGUUCACAGAAAGGAAAGCGGCAUGGUGUGCAACAUGGAUGCCUUUGUUGGGUCUCUGGAGGUUUACAUACAUCAGGCGAGGGACAUCCACAACAUAUGCAUUUACCACAAGCAAGAUGUCUAUGCUAAGCUUUGCCUAACCAGUGAUCCCGAAAAUGCAGUCUCCACCAAAAUUAUUAAUGGUGGAGGGCAGAACCCAGUCUUCAAUGAUAAUCUCCGGCUCAGUGUCCGAACAACGGAAUCCUCUCUUAAAUGUGAGAUAUGGAUGCUGAGCAGGGUGAAGAAUUAUCUUGAGGAUCAGUUGCUAGGGUUUGCUUUGGUGCCUCUAUCAGAAGUAUUGCUCAACAAUGGGAAGCUAGAGAAAGAGUUCUCUCUCUCCUCGACUGAUUUGUUCCAUUCCCCAGCUGGGUUUGUCCGGUUGUCUCUCUCCUAUAGUGGAGCUUCCCCAGAAGUAAUGGCAAUUCCUGCACUGCCAACAGCCUUGGCCACAAAUGAAGCUUCACAGGAUACUGAGAUAUCUGAGUCAAUGCCCAGUGAUUAUGAUGCGAUUGAGUUCCCAGAUCCAAAGAUUAUGAACGAAAACCAGUUGAUGGUUUCAGAGUAUUUUGGUAUCCCGUGUACAAAUUUAGACUCGCGUAGCUCUGAAGGGACUUUGGAUAAUGAUAGUCACCUUAGUUCAGAAAAACUAGGGGUUCAGGUUGUGGAAAGCUUCUCAGAGGGUACUAUUGAAUCCGUCCAACUUCCAAAGCUUGAUUCUCCCCCUAGUAGUGUAUCUACUAAUGGAUCUCCAUCCGCUUCUCUUCCUGCAAGCUCUGUGUCCUCUGAUGCUUCAGGGACUUCAAAAUCCCCAAAUGAAGAACAUGUUUCACCUCCAAAGGAGAAGAAUGCAGAUACUGGAGAUGGUGAGAGCGAUUCCUCAGGUGGUGCUCCAUGCAAUACAUUUGCAAAGCCUGCUGUGACCGUGAACAUUGAGCCAGAGCAAAAGAUGGUGCAACAGGAUAUUGUAGACAUGUACAUGAAAAGCAUGCAGCAAUUCACCGAGUCUCUGGCAAAGAUGAAACUCCCAAUGGACAUUGAAACUGAACCAACUAAUUCAGGAAACUCUAGCUCUGAUCAGAAACUACAAGCAGCUAAGAACAACAACAACAACAACAACAACAACAACAACUCCCGAGUGUUCUAUGGGAGUAGAGCUUUCUUCUGAGCUUUUGUUUGGCUGGUGGAGUGGAGGACACAGUGGUGACUUUUUAGAUUUUUAGAACCACGACUGAUAGUAGUAGUAGUAUUUAAGUGUAAUAAUGUAGUAGCAACCAGUGUGUGUGGUGUUCUCUUUUGUAUGUUGAGAUGUUUUAGCUGACGGGAAAUCAUGACUUGAAUGGGGUACAAGCUAUGUUCUGUUUCAACUGUUGUUGGUGUAUAUCAAAUUAUUCAGCUUAGAUCUUUUCUUCUCUUGUUUUCCAACUUCUAGCUUUGAUUAAUAAGAAAAUGAGUGGUGCAACUAGUUUCUGUG